AUGGCCACUAACGACCCAACUCCCUUCCAAUCCAUACCCUGGAUCUCUGCCCUCUUACAGGAUAAAUCCUUCUUGAGCUACACCAUCCCCUCGCGAACAGUCAAAACUUCCACCGAGGAUAACUUCUUCUCAAAGACCCUCAACACGCCCACCACCAUCUCCGCAUGUCUCAGCCAGUAUCGACUCUCCAACAAACCCCCCGCCCCAGGAUUCAACCCAAGCCGACCCCAAGCCGAGGAACUCCGCAUCUUCUUCCUUCUCGGCUCCGAUCUCAACGGAUACCCCGGAAUCCUUCACGGAGGUGUCGUCGCCGCCUUGCUGGACGAAGGAACGGGUCUCCUGUUGUCGUUCAACGGUCAGGUGGGGGAUCCGGUUUCGCGACAAGCCUCAGGUGCGCAGACGGGGCCGGUGACGGCCUAUUUGCACACGACCUAUUUACGUCCCGUUCCGACUCCCAGUGCGAUUAUGCUCCAAUCGAAAAUCGUGGAGGUGAAAGAAGAUCGGAAAUGGAAGAUCGAGGCCCGGCUUGUGGAUGGGGAGGGGCAGGUGCUGGCAUCGGCGGAGGCGCUGUAUAUUCGACCUCGAUCCAAGAUCUGA